AUGAGGACCAGCCGCCCUGAGCCGGGUGCCCAGGCACCCCGGAGCCCCCGCCCACAGCCCCUGUCCCGGAGCUCUUCCAGCCUGCUGGGUGAAGGCCGAGGCCAGAGGCCAGAGCUCCGUAAGAGUGCCAGCAGCACAGUGUGGCAGGCCCAGUCGGGCGAGGCCCGCGCCGAUCCCUGUGUCCUGGAGGAAGAGGGGCACCAGGCUGAGAGCACGGAGCAGGCACAGGCCUCCAGCCCCCGGCCACAGCUCACUGCCGGGGGCCACUGGCAGAGCAGCACUGUGGGCAAUGUGUCUACUGUAGACAGUGGUGACCUGUGUCGCCUGCAGGCCCCCAGCACUGCCACCGUGCAGAGGAGCCACUCAGACCUGGUCCGUAGCACCGUGACCCGGGGCCACAGAGGUGCUCGAAAGGCCAGCCUCAGCUGCUCGGCCCUGGGCAGCUUGCCUGUCCACAGGGUUCGGCUGCAGCCUGGCAGUACUUCUGGCCAGGGAGGCCAGGCCCCUGCAGGCCUGGAAAGGGAUCUGGCUCCAGAAGGUGGGACUUCGAACUCAGCCUGGACACUGGGAGAGAGUCAGGUGUGGGUGCCGCCACUGGACCUGGGAGGUGCAACCACCCAUAGCAGCCCCACGACUGGGCCCAAAGCCACUGGACAGUUGGCCACUACCUCCUGCCGUGCUCUGCCCCCAGCAGCUCUGCUCUGCGGCAUGAGGGAGGUGGGGGCCAGUGGCUGCGGCCAUGCCCUGCCUGCCCCAGGGAUCCUGGCCUUUCCCAGAUUAGUGGCAUCAGUGAGUGAGUCUGGGCUGCAGGCUCAGCCUGGGGUGAAGUUCCAGUGUAGGUUGCCCGGGGGGCUUACUGGGCAUUCCCACUGCUGUGCCCGCCCUUGGCGGCCCACCGGGUUAGCUGCGAAGCCUGGUGCCACGACCAAGGAUGUGUGGACCAUGACCUCAGCCAGUGACUUGGCUCCCGUGUUGGCAUCCCCUCUGUCAGCCCAGGACGCUGGUGUGCAGGCAGCCCCCAUGGCAGUCUGCAAGGCUGUGGCCACCAGCCCACCCCUGGAAGCCCCUGUGGCCCUGCACACAUUCCCGGAGGUAACUCUGGGGUCCAGCCUGGAGGAAGUGCCGUCCCCUGUGCGGGAUGUGCGAUGGGACGCUGAGGGCAUGACCUGGGAGGUGUAUGGAGCGGCGGUGGACCCCGAGGUGCUGGGCGUGGCCAUCCAGAAGCACCUGGAGAUGCAGUUUGAGCAGCUGCAGCGGGCGCCCGCCAGCGAGGACAGCCUGUCUGUGGAGGGCCGCAGGGGGCCGCUGCGAGCUGUCAUGCAGUCCCUGCGGCGCCCCAGCUGCUGCGGCUGCUCCAGCGCAGCCCCCGAGUGAGGAGCUGCGGCCCUCGGAGCUGUCCUGGGCCCAUGGACUCAGCCCCAGGCCAGGGCCAGGGACGGUGGGGGGGCCUCGUGCUCCUUGGACCCGCUGGCAGCCAAGGACGUGUCUUACAGUCGGCUGCCUGUGGACCACAGGGCUGCAGCCUGGGGGCUUCCUGCUUCUUGCAGCGGGGCUGAUUUUUAAGGGCUUGGUUCCCGAGAGCCACAACUCUACACAUCCGGACUCUGAACUUUGGGAUGGUUUCAGCACUGUGCAUAACGGAGAUCCUGAGUUUUCUGUAAAAAUACUCAACUUUCUCUUCAGUGUCUCCUCAGAACUCUGCCGUGAUUUCCCCCAGGACUCUUGGUGGCUCUAUUUUAAAGCAGUGCUGAGAUAUAAUGAGCUCCUGACAUGAAAGCUGGGGCCCCAAGUCACAGGGACUGGCUGGGUCUUUCGGGAAGGGAACUGACAUGUCAAGGGCCUCCUGUGUGCCACACGCUAUGCUUGUCACCUUAUUUGUUGAGUCUUCACCUCUUCCCCCGUUUUACAGAUGGAACCACAGACCUUGGCAUGGCUGUAGCUGACGUGCCCCAGGUUGGAAGCUUGAUGUGGUGGGCCGAACACAAAGC